UUGGCACCAUUCUGCUGCGGCUCGGUAUAAAUUCCACCUCUCGGCCCCAGCCCUUCACUGGCUCAAGCGGGUACUGGUAUAACUGGCAGUGGACACCCCAGCUUAUGAUGGCUUCCGAGCACCAAAUGCCAGCCUCCAAACAGCAGCAAGCCAGCUCCAAGAUUGCCAUCUUCGAGCAGGAAAACUUCCAAGGUCGGUGCCAUGAGCUCAGCGGGGCCUGCCCCAACCUGAAGGAAGCCGGUGUGGACAAAGUGGGCUCCAUCCUCGUGCACUCCGGACCCUGGGUGGGCUACGAGCAGGCAAGCUGCAAAGGGGAGCAGUUUGUGUUUGAGAAGGGGGAGUAUCCCCGCUGGGACUCCUGGACCAACAGCCGGAGAAGCGACAGCAUCACUUCCCUGAGACCCAUCAAAGUGGUGAGAGCACCCAGACAGCCACUACCCACCCGCCAGACCAAGGACAGCCAGGAGCACAAGAUCGUGCUGUACGAGAACCCCAGCUUCACCGGCAAGAAGAUCGAAAUCAUAGACGACGAUGUGCCCAGCUUCCACGCGCACGGCUACCAGGAGAAGGUCUCAUCCGUGCGGGUGCAGAGCGGAACGUGGGUAGGAUACCAGUACCCCGGCUACCGAGGCUACCAGUACCUGUUUGAAAAGGGGGACUACAAGGACAGCUCAGACUUCGGCGCUCAGCACCCCCAGAUCCAGUCGGUCCGGCGCAUUCGGGACAUGCAGUGGCACCAGCGCGGCGCCUACCACCCCACCAACUAGA